AUGAACAUCGAAUAUUUAAAUUUCUUUUCAAAUAUUGACAUCUACAAACCAUCCCUUACUAUCAACAACAAACGUCUCUUAUUUCCUAAUCAUAAUCUCUUUCUUCCCUCCAGACUUACAGACAUUAUACUCUCUUUCUUCCCUCCUCCCUUACAAACUCAUCAUCUCUCUUUCGUCCCUCCUCCCUUAAAGAUUCAGCAUACCAAUUUAUUCACUCCUCCCUUACAUACUCAUCAUACUCUCUUACUUCCCUUCACCCUUACACUCACUAUACUCGUUUCUUCCCUCCUCCCUUACAGAUUCAUCAUACCCUUUUCUUCCCUCCUCACAUACAGACUAAUCAUAACCUUUUCGAUCCUACAACCAUACAGAGACAUCAUACUAUCUUUCUUACCUCCUCCCUUACAGACUCAUCAUAUUCUCUUUCUUUCUCCACCCUUACAGAUUCAUCAUACCCUUUUCUUACCUCCUCCCUUACAGACCCAUCAUAUUCUCUUUCUUCCCUCCACCCUUACAGAUUCAUCAUACCCUUUUCUUACCUCCUCCCUUAUAAACUCAUCAUACUCUCUUUCUUCGCUCCUCUCUUACAGACUCAUCAUACUCUCUUAUUUCUCCCCUCCCUUACAGACUCAUCAUAACCAUUUCUUACCGCCUCCAUUACAGAUUCAUCAUACUCUCAUUCUUCGCUCCUCCCUUAGAGACUCAUCAAUCAUCAUAAUCUCUUUCUUCUCUUCUCCCUUGCAGAAUCAUCGUCCCCCUUUAUUACUCCUCCCUUACAGACUCAUCACUCAUCAUAUUUUCUUUCUUCCCUUACAGAAUAAUCAUAAUAUCUUUCAUCCCUUCUCCCUUACAGAAUCAUCGUACCCUUUUCUUCCCUCCGCCCUUACAGAUUCAUCAAACUCUCUUUAUUCUCUCAUCCCAUACAGACUCAUCGUACCCUUUUUUCCUUCCCCACUGACAGACUCAUCAUACACUCUUUCUUCCCUCCUGAAUGACAGACUCAUUAUACCAUUUUCUUCCCUCCUCCCUUACAGACUCAUCAUACUCUCUUUCUUCCCUCCUCUCUUAGAGACUCAUCGUACUCUCAUUCUUCCCUCCUUCCUUACAGACUCAUUAUACUCUCUUUUUUCAAUUAUUAUACCCUUUUCUUCAGUCCUCCCUUACAGACUCAUCAUACUCUCUUUCUUCCCUCCUCCCUUACAGACUCAUCGUACUCUCUUUCUUCCCUCCUCUCUUACAGACUCGUCGUACUCUCUUUCUUCCCUCCUGCUUCACAGAUUCAUCGUACCCUUUUUUCCCUCCUCCUUUACAGACUCAUCAUACUCUUAUUCUUCCCUCCUCCCUUGCAAACUCAUCAUAACCUUUUCUUCCCUCCGCCUUUACAGACUCAUCAUACACUCUUUCUUCCCUCCUCCCUUACAAAAUCAUCAUAUUCUCUAUCUUCCCUCCCCCCUUACAGACACAUCAUACCCUUUUCUUCCCUUCUUCCUUACAGACUCCUCAUGCACUCUUUCUUCCCUCCGCCUUAAUAGACUCAUCGUAACCUUUUGUUUCCCUCCUCCGUUUCAGACUCUUUAUACACUACUUCUUCCUUCGUCGCUUACAGACUCAUACUCUCUCUCUUCCCUUAGGGACUCAAAAUACUGUCUUUCUUCAUUCCUCCCUUACACAAGAUUUAUAUUCUCUUUCUUCUCCCUCACAGACUCAUUAUACUCUCUUUCUUCCAUCCGUCCUUACAGAAUCAUCAUACCCAUUUCUUCACUCCUCCCUUACAGACUUAUCAUACUCUUAUUCUUCCCUCCUCCCUUACAAACUCAACAUAACCUUUUCUUCCCUCCUCCCUUACAGAGUCAUCAUACUCUCUUCCUUCCCUCCUCUCUUACAGACUCAUCAUACACUCUUUCUUCCCUCCUCCCUUACAGAGACAUCAUACUAUCUUUCUUACCUCCACCCUUACAGACUCAUCAUACACAUUUCUUCCCUCCUCCCUUACAGACUCAUCAUACUCUCUUUCUUCGCUCCUCCAUUAGAGAUACAUCGUGCUCUUUUUCUUCCCUCCUCCCUUUCAGACUCAUCAUAAUCUAUUUGUUCCCUUCUCCCUUACAGAAUCAUCAUCCCCCUUUCUUCACUCCUCCCUUACAGACUCAUCGUACUCUCUUUCUUCCCUCCUCUCUUACAGACUCGUCGUACUCUCUUUCUUCCCUCCUGCUUCACAGAUUCAUCGUACCCUUUUUUCCCUCCUCCUUUACAGACUCAUCAUACUCUUAUUCUUCCCUCCUCCCUUGCAAACUCAUCAUAACCUUUUCUUCCCUCCGCCCUUACAGACUCAUCAUACUCUCUUUUUUCCCUCCUCCCUUACAGAUUUAUCAUACUAUCUUUCUUCCCUCCACCCUGACAGAUUCCACGAACCCUUUUUCCCUCCCCACUUACAGACUCAUCAUACUCUUAUACUUCCCUCCUCCCCUGCAAACUCAUCAUAACUAUUUCUCCCCUCCGCCCUUACAGACCCAUCAUACACUCUUUCUUCCCUCCUCUCUUGCAGACUCAUCAUACACUCUUUCUUCCCUCUUCCCUUACAGAGACAUCAUACUAUCUUUCUUACCUCCAUCCUUACAGACUAAUCAUAAACUCUUUCUUCCCUCCUCCCUUACACGCUCAUCAUAA